AUGCUUGCAUGCCGGUUCUCCCGUGCGGUUCCUCGCACUGUUCCUUCUUUUGCCCGUUCCUCCACCUACAAACUUCCCACUACAUCCUUUCGGAGAUGGAACUCGACAGAAGCGGGAGAGGAGAAGGUAAAGGGCCAAGUCAUUGGUAUUGAUUUGGGUACUACCAACUCUGCUGUGGCUGUCAUGGAGGGAAAGACUCCAAGAAUCAUUGAAAACGCUGAAGGCGCACGAACAACUCCCUCUGUUGUUGCUUUCUCCAAGGAUGGCGAGCGACUCGUUGGAAUUGCUGCCAAGCGCCAAGCUGUCGUUAACCCUGAGAACACCCUCUUCGCCACGAAGCGUCUGAUCGGACGCAAAUUCAUUGAUCCGGAGUGCCAGCGAGACUUGAAAGAAGUUCCUUACAAGAUUGUUCAACACAGCAAUGGCGACGCUUGGGUUGAGGCUCAGGGCCAAAAAUACUCGCCCUCCCAAAUCGGUGGUUUUGUCCUUCAGAAGAUGAAAGAGACUGCCGAGUCAUAUCUUGGCAGACCUGUAAAGAAUGGUGUCGUUACUGUUCCUGCCUACUUCAAUGAUUCCCAACGUCAAGCUACCAAGGAUGCUGGUCAAAUUGCCGGUCUCAAUGUGCUUCGCGUUGUCAACGAGCCCACUGCUGCUGCCCUCGCAUAUGGUCUUGAGCGUGAGGCAGAUCGCGUUGUCGCAGUCUACGAUCUUGGUGGAGGUACUUUCGAUAUCUCCAUUCUCGAAAUCCAAAAGGGCGUGUUUGAAGUCAAGUCCACCAACGGUGAUACCCAUCUCGGUGGUGAGGACUUCGAUAUCAGCCUAGUUCGCCACAUUGUCAACCAGUUCAAGAAAGAGUCCGGACUUGAUCUUUCAGGUGACCGUAUGGCUAUCCAGCGUAUCCGUGAGGCUGCUGAAAAAGCUAAGAUUGAACUGUCGUCUGCUCUUCAAACCGAAAUCAACCUCCCAUUCAUCACGGCUGAUGCUUCUGGUGCCAAACACAUCAACUCGAAAAUGACUCGUGCCCAGCUCGAGGCUCUCGUCGACCCGCUGAUUUCCCGAACUGUCGAACCUGUGCGAAAGGCAUUGAAAGAUGCCAACCUCCAGGCCAAGGACAUCCAGGAGGUCAUCCUCGUUGGUGGUAUGACGCGUAUGCCCAAAGUUACUGAAUCCGUCAAGAGCAUCUUCGGCCGUGAGCCUGCCAAGUCAGUCAACCCAGACGAGGCUGUUGCGAUUGGUGCUGCCAUUCAGGGUGCUGUCCUCGCUGGUGAGGUCACUGAUGUUCUCCUCCUUGAUGUUACCCCUCUCUCCCUUGGUAUCGAGACACUUGGAGGUGUUUUCACCCGCUUGAUCAACCGUAACACUACUAUCCCAACCAAAAAGUCCCAGACUUUUUCCACUGCUGCUGAUUUCCAGACUGCUGUCGAGAUCAAGGUCUACCAGGGUGAGCGUGAGCUUGUCCGCGACAACAAGCUCCUUGGAAACUUCCAACUUGUUGGAAUCCCCCCUGCUCAUCGUGGUAUCCCUCAGAUUGAAGUCACCUUCGACAUUGACGCUGACUCCAUCGUCCACGUCCACGCCAAGGACAAGGCAACUAAUAAAGAUCAGUCCAUCACAAUCGCUUCCGGCUCUGGCCUCUCUGAUUCCGAGAUUCAGAACAUGGUUGACGAUGCUGAGAAAUACGGUGCCCAGGACAAGGAGCGCAAAGCUGCUAUUGAAGCUGCCAACCGCGCUGACAGCGUCUUGAAUGAUACCGAGAAGGCUCUCAAGGAAUUUGAGGACAAACUUGACAAAUCUGAAGCUGACCAGAUCAGGGAGAAGAUCGCGGCCCUUCGUGAGGUUGUUGCCAAUAGCCAAUCCGGUGAAGGCUCCAUCUCUGCUGAGGAGAUGAAGGCCAAGGUUGACGAGCUCCAGAACGCCAGUCUUACCCUCUUCGACAAGAUGCACAAGGCUCGUUCCGAGGAGGGCCAGCAGCAACAACAACAACAAUCGACCGAGAACCAGCAGGGUGGCGAGGGCGAGAAGAAACCAUGA